UUUGCCGUCAUAUAUUCCGUCUUCCGUCCUCAAUUUUCUCUUCUUCUUCGAUUUACCAAGCCGCCGUCCCCCCAACCCUAAUUUCACUCUUCUUCUUGGAUUUCCAGCGGCCGUCUCCUCCCACCCUAAUUUCCUCUUCUUCUUCGAUAUCCAAGCCGCCGAUGGAGAUGGAGCAAUCGGGCAUGUUCAUGCCGGCACAGACGGUGGGCACAGUUCUGUGCUGCAUCUGUGGGGUGGCGAUGCCGCCCAACCCGGCCAACAUGUGCGUCCGCUGCCUGCGCUCCCGGGUGGACAUCACCGAGGGCCUCAUCCGCCACGCCGCCAUCGUCUACUGCCCGGAGUGCCACUCCUACCUCCAGCCACCACGCACUUGGAUCCGUGGCCUCGAGCCCGAGUCAAAAGAACUGCUUGCCUUCUGCCUUCGCCGGCUCCGCCUUCCCCAACGCCGCAUCCGCCUUGUCCACGCGGAGUUUAUCUGGACCGAGCCCCACUCGAAGCGACUCCGCCUCCGCCUCCGUGUCCAAGCCGAGGCGCUCCACGGGGCUAUCCUCGAGCAGGCCCACAUGGUUGAGCUCACCGUCCAUGACCGUCUCUGUGACAACUGCACGAGAGCUCAGGCCAAUCCCGAUCAGUGGUCUGCAGUUGUCCAGCUCCGCCAGCUCGUCCAACACCGACGCACCUUCUUCUACCUUGAGCAGCUCAUCCUCCGCCAUGGUGCUGCUGUCCGUGCUAUCCGCAUAGCUGAGGCUGAUCACGGUCUGGAUUUCUUCUUUGGCUCGCGCAGCCAUGCCACCAAGUUUGUUGAUUUCAUCAACGGCGUUGCCCCUAUCCGCUUCCGCAAUGACAAACAACUUGUUUCCCAUGAUGUAAAGAGCAGCAUUUACAACUAUAAACACACUUUCUCGGUGGAGAUCAGCCCUGUGUGCCGUGAGGAUCUCAUCUGCCUCCCCCCGAAGCUUGCUAAUGCCCUUGGGAAUCUUGGCCCGCUUGUCCUCUGCACCAGAGUUACUAACUCAAUAGCCUUGCUCGACCCGCUCACCCUCCGGAGUGCCUUCCUUGAUGCAAAUCAGUACUGGAGAGCCCCCUUCAAGUCCCUCUUAACUUCCCGUCAACUUGUGGAGUACAUAGUGCUUGACAUUGAGGUGGAGUCUGCAGAGGUCCAUAUUGGUGGCUCCAAGUAUGUGAUGGCACAUGCUCAGGUUGCACGCAUCACUGAUUUUGGGAAGAACGACACCAUGUUCACAAUCCGCACUCACCUAGGCCAUCUCCUGAAUCCAGGAGAUUAUGCCCUUGGAUACGAUCUGUAUUCAGCCAACAAUAACGACUUUGACAUUGAUCAGCAUAAAAAUCUCGUUUUGCCCGAAACUAUUCUUGUAAAGAAGAGCUAUCAGGAGAAGCAGUCUAAGAAACGUGGAAAGGCACGAACUUGGAAGGUGAAGAACCUCAACAUGGAGGUUGAUACUACCUCGAAGGGCAGGAACGAUGAGAAGAGGAAUACAGAGUAUGAGGAAUUCUUGAGGGACUUGGAGGAGAACCCAGAGAUGAGAUUCAACAUAUCCUUGUAUCGUAACAAAGAGUAUCAACCAUCAGAAGCGGCAUCCACAGCUGAUGGCGAUGAUAUACCUUCGAUCCCACUGGAAGAAUUGCUCGCUGAUCUCGAUCUCAGCGAGGACGAAGGAAACCAAAAUGGAGAAAACAUGGACGAGUGAAUUGAAUAUAUGUAGUUGGAUCCUUCCUCAUCCAUCAUCCCUUUUCCUUUUAUCUUAAAUUAUGCUUCAGCAGAUACAAAUGCUUAAUAGUUUUGUAACUUCGUUCUAGUUCAUCGAAUUGUGAUGUGGUUCAUAUUUUUCUUGCAGUGAGUUAUAACAACUCGUAUGUGACUAUUAGUUACUCAA